ACCAUUCUAGGGUUGCCUCCCAAUCCCAGACUCUCCAUUUCCGCCUCCAAACCCUCGCCGCGAUGGGCAGGAAGCCCUCGUCCGCCGCCGCCGUCGACCACGGCGCCCUCUCCGCGAGCGCCAAGGCCGCCGACGACCUCCUCGCGGCGUCCGCCGGCUGCGGCGGCGCCCACGGCCACUCCCUCUUCUUCGACGCCCUCGUGCAGCUCAUCCCCCCGCGCUUCUACCUCUCCGCCGCCGACGAGCACCGCCCGUGGUACCAGGGCCUCUCCAAGUCCGCCAAGGCCGCCAUGAAGGCGCAGUCCCGCGCCAACGUCAAGGCCGCCCGCCGCGCCCGCCUCGAUCCCUCCGCCCCGCCCUCCUCCACCCUCGACCUCCUCAAGAAAUCCCUCGCCGACCAGGACGCCCACGAUUCCUCCUCCUCCUCCGGGGAAGAUGCUAGCGACGACGACGACGAUGACGACGACGAUGAGGUCGAAGAGCGGGAGGAGGACGAAGGGGAUGAGGAGGGUAUGCAGCUCGCGCCGGCGGCCGUGGUGUCCGAGGACCGGUCGGUGACCUACGAGGAGCUGCGCGAGCGGCUCCACCGCCGCAUCGCCGAGCUCCGCGGCAACCGGUGCACCAGGCCGGAGUUCCUGAACAAGCCCAAGAGGGAGAAGGGCAAGAAAGGGAAGAAGGGGAAGGAUGUGGGGAAGAAGAGGAAGCGCGAGGAUGGCGGCGGCGGCGGCGGCGCUCAGGAUGGGGAGGGUAAGGAUGGGAAGAAGUCCAAGAAGGAGGAGGAUUCCAAGGCACCGGAUAUCGUCUAUGGCAAUGUGUGGGUCGAUCCUAAGGAAGCGAGGAGACGGAAGAAGAGAAGGAUCAAGAACAAGAAGAAGGCUCUUGAGGAGGCUAAGCGGAUGCAGCAGGCGAAGGAGGAUCCUGAGAAGGCGACCAAGCUGGCGUGGGAUCUGGCAAGAAGGCGGGCUGCUGGCGAGAAGGUGCACGAUGACCCGAAGUUGAUCAAGGAGAGCAUGAAGAAGGAUAAAAAGCGGCAGCAGAAGCACGCCGAGCAGUGGAAGGAGAGGCAGAAGAUGGUGGACAAGCAGAAGAAGGAGAGGCAGAGCAAGAGAACGGAGAACAUCCGGGAGCGGGCUAACCAGAAGAAGAUGCGCAAGAUUGAGAAGCGUGAGAAGAAGCUUAUGCGCCCUGGAUUUGAAGGGCGCAAGGAAGGAUAUGUCAAUGAGUAACAUCUCCAUUGAAUGCUGUGAAGUGAGAAGGAUCAGUGUAUCAGCCAAGGUUGCAUUUGUCAAUGUCGGCACUCGUAGUAGGUUAGCAAAUCAUUACCGUCAUGUGCCUUAUUUAGAGCAUGGAAUUUGAAUACUUGGCAGGUUUGUCUACAAAAAUGUUUUUGGGGAUAUUCUUGCGUGUUAUUUUCAUUUAUGGUUGGAUAAACCUGCAAAAGAAAAAGAAAAGAAACCGCCUUGCUAAGUCUUUGAGGCAUUUAGCACUAAAUUUUGCACAGAGUAAAUCGUUAAUAUUAAUGGUGCUUUAGUGGCUGCCCUUUUUUUGGUUUCCAGUGGGUAAGACUGAUGUAUGGUUAUAUCUAUUUCCAUUAUGAUGCUUUUGUACAGACCUUUAUAGGUUGGAUUUCUGUUA